AUGCAGAGGCCGGGCGACGCCGCGUCGUACCAGCACCAGGCCGCUACGGGGCAGCUGGGCGGUUUCAUGAGCGGAGCACCCGCUGCAGCCACUGCCCCACCGACACUGCCCCUCCCCGCCGGCGCCGCCAACCCCUUCUUCAACCUGCCCCCGCUCAUGCCGACUGGCGACGCGUCGUCGUCGUCACUGCCCCGCGCCCCGGUCGCGCUGCUGCCGCAGCUGUCACCCGCCGGCUUCUCAGGGCUCGUCGCGGGUGGUGGUGCGCAGCUGCCUGGGGGCGGCGUUGCCCCCAGCACGCUGGCCAUUGUCAACGGCGUGCCGGUGAUGCUCGACCUCGCCAAGCUGGUAGAGCUCAUGCAGAUGGGCGCCAGCCUCUCCAUGGUGCAGCCCACCGCCGACAUGGUCAACAACGCCGCGGCGGCCGCCGCGGCCUCAGCCUGGUCGUCGAUGGGUGCACAGGCUGCGGCGACGCCGCCGCCGGCCGCCAAGCUCGCCGACACCCGACAGCCGCCCGACGCCGACGACGUCGAAAGUGACGAGGGCCAGUACAGUCCGUCGAUGAUAGCGGCCGGCGGCGAGCGCGGCCCGAUCGAGAGCGUGUGGUCCAAGCGGAUCGCAGAGCUCACGGCCUUCCACGAGCGCUUCGGCCACGCGGACGUCAAGCGCGGCGGCGACCGGUGGGAGUCGCUGGCGCGGUGGCUCGACAACCUGCGGAAGAAGUGGGCGCGCCGCGAGGGCUACGUGCCGCCGGACAAGGCCCUCGUGCUGCGACAACUCGGCAUCGAGCCCUACCAGGAACGCGACGAUCGCGCCGGUGAAGUACACAGGGAGCGAAAACGAAACGGGUUGUCGGAUGAGGACCGGUGGGAGGUGCGCAUUCAGCAGAUCUCUGAAUUCAAGCGCGUGCACGGGCACCUCAAGAUCCCCAAGAACUCGCAGUCGGCCCUGUACUACUGGGCCUACGGGGCCAAGAAGAAGUGGCGCAAGUACAAGGACAAGCGCCAGCGGGACCUGGUCCACAUCGGGCUCAUCAGCGCCGAGGAGUACGAGGCCGAGCGGCUCGCCAAGCAGGGCGUCUCCGAGUUUAGCCCUGCGGCGGCGGCCCAGCGCCAGAUCACCCCCGGCGGCAGCAGCAGCGCUCAGCCGACCCCACAGCUGCCCCGCCCGGUCCUCCCCUCGCCGGCCCAGACCCGCGCCCCAGCCCCCGGCGCGCCAUCACCUUCAUUCCCCGCAUUCCGAGCGCCGUCGUCGCUCGACGAUCCGCGCAUUCUUCCGCUGGAGCGAAACAGUUCCCGAGGCCUGGCCCCGGCCCCGACCGUCAUCCGGACCAUCAACACCACCGAGCAGCAGCAGCAGCGGAUCAUUCCAAAGCCGGCCAGCGCGGCGGCCAGCGGGCUCAUGCACCUGGGCCUCAUCGGCGAAGAGGAGUACGAGAAGGAGGUGUUCGGCCACACCAACACCAACAGUAACGGCAGCACGACGACCACCAGCCCGACCCGAUCGCCGGUUCGAAUCCCGACCGCGAUCAAGCCCGAGCCGACGCCCAAGCCGGCGAUCAAUAACAGUGGCGGCGGCGGCGGCGGCGGCAGUGACGCGGGCGUGGACCGGAAGCUGAAGGACUUGGUCGCGCUCGGGCUGCUCAGCUGGGACGAGUACGAGCAGCAGCGUGGCCCGACGGCCGACACCGCCGCGGCGGCGAGAUCCGACCUGAAGCGCAAGUCGGCCGAGACCGAGCGACUGCCGGCCAUUGUUGUCGACGACAGCGACGCUGGCGCUGGCGGGGGCCACGAGAGGCGGAUCAAGCGCGGGCGCGUGAGCAGCUUCAACGAGCUGCUGGUCCAGCGCUACGACGCCGAUAUCGCUGCUACGGCCGGGCUGCGCGACGAGCGCAGCGACGGCGAGGAGCCCCUCACCCGCAGCCCCGACAUCGGCGACGAGCGCGACUCCGAGCUAGCGAUGACGAGGAGCGUGAAGGAUGAACAGCGGUGGCACCAGCGUCUACAGCAGAUGUACGACUUCUUGAACAGACACGGCCACUUCAACGUGCCGCGGAGCGUCAACUCGCAGCUGUACUACUGGGCCUACGGGGCCAAGCGGAAGUGGCGCGAGUGGAGCCUGGACAAGCAGCGCGACCUGGUCGCCCUGGGCCUGGUCACGCGCGAGGAGUUCGAGGCCCACACCGGCAAGCGCUGGGCCGACAUCGCCGUCCUGCCGCGCUCGUCGGCGUCUUCGUCGGCGGCGGCGGCGGCGGCGCUCGGUCCGAUCGAGGCCUCGUCCACCGCCGGCUCGCCCAGCAAGCGCCGCCGGCUCACACCCGAUCGUGCCGAGGAAUGUGUCGACGAAUUCCAACAACGAGGACACGUCAGCAGCUCUGACGGGGAGGAGUGGGACGAGCGCGAAGACGACGACUCGUCCGAUGCCGACGACGGCGAGGCCGAGGCGUCGCCGUCGCGUGCGGCGGCGGCGUCCACGCGCAAGCGGCGGCGGCGAAGGGAGCGGAGCGCGAGCAGCGGGUCGGCAGCGGACCUAGACGCCGCGCAGCGCAGGAACACAUCCGAAGAGGGCCUCGAGGAGUACCGAAGGCGGGCCUUUGGCGGCACCGACGAAGAGAGGUGGGCGAUGCGCAUUCGGGAGCUUCAGCAGCUGGAGGAGCAGGAGGGCACCUGGUGUGUGCCGCGGAGGUGGAGCAAGAGCCUCAAGCGCUGGCUCGAAUACAUGAAACUGAGGUGGCGCAGCGGCCGACUGACGGAGAAGCAGAUCGGGGACCUGACCACGAUCGGCAUCAUCAAGGACGGCCGCUUCUACGGCAUCCGGGACAAGCGCGAGCUCGACCGUGCCGACACUGCCAAGCUGGGCAGCGGCAGCGGAGGCAGCGGCGACGACGUCGUCCAGGCCUCGCCUCUCCCCAGCCGGCACUCGGGCGCUGAUGUCAGCAGCGACGUUGAGGAGCAGCCGCACAGGCGCGGCGAGUGGCAACACCGCGCCCUGCCUCCGCUGUCGGCCGCCGCCGCUGUCGAGCUGGGCAGCAAAGCUGACGUCACCACCGACCGGGUGAUCCCGACCACCAUGACCGCGGCCGAGCUGGCAGGCGAGCGCGGCAGCGACGCCGCAGUGGUCGGCUCGUCAGAGUCGGAAGCCGAAGCCGAAGAUGUUGACGACCGUCGUGCCAACCACGCGCAGGUCGGCGACAGCAACAACGACGACGAGCAGCACGACUCGCUCGAGAUCGCCGAUGACGACGCCGACGCCGACGCCGACGCCGACAGCAGCGACGACGACGACGACAACGACGACAAUGAGGAAUGCAACGACGGCGAAAGCGGCCCCGGUGUGGACGAGGUCAAGGCCGGCGCGACGAUGCGGGAGGAGCAGGAAGAGGAGGAGCGGGAAUCGGGGCUGCUCUAUGAGAUCGAGACGGAGGAGGAGUGGAAGAAGCUGACCAAGGAACAGCGGCGGCGGCGGCGCAUGGCCCAGCUCCACCAGUUCUUCGCCGAAUUCGGGCACGGCAACGUGCAGCACCAGUGGCCCAAGAACAAGCGCCUCGCCAACUGGGUCUACGAACAGAAGCAGCGCUGGCGCAAGGGACUCCUCUCCGAGGCGGAGGUGCAGGAGUUUGAGGGGCUGAAGAUGCGCAAGCCGAGGCCGGGAUUCGGUCGUCCGCCCAAGCGGCGCAGCGGCAGCGGCGGCGGUGGCGCCGACAUCGAGGGCGCCGACCACCGCGAGACGCCGGACGUCGGGGACCUCCCUAGCGGCGCUGGAACCCAGCCGGCUCUCAAGAAGCGAAAGAAGCGGGCCUUGUCGGUCGGAGCCGGCGAUGACGACAAGAGCGACCGCAGCAGGCCUGCUAAGACCGCGACGGCGCCCAUCGCCAGCUUGUCGCCGCUGAUGUCGUCCGCCGCGAUGAUGGGUGCGCAGCGGCUGCCGCCGCCGGCCUCGAUUCUGUCGUAUCUGGCCCCGCUCAACCACCUGCUCCCGCCCAUCAUCUUCCCCGCCGCCGCGGCCGCCAGCACUGCGAGCCCAGAGCCCAGAGCUGCGCCGAUGGAGGCCAAGGAGAGUGGCACGAGCAAUUAG